AUGAAAGUUGAAACAAUCGCUAAAGAAAUCAUAAAACCAUCUUCCACAACUCCAAACGAUCUCCGAACUCUCCAACUAUCUAUCUAUGAUCACAUCCUUCCUCCCAUUUACACAGUCGCCUUUCUCUUCUACACCAAAAAUGAUUUGAUCUCACAAGAACACACUUCCCGCAAACUCAAGACCUCUCUGUCCCAAACCUUGACCAAGUUCUACCCUCUUGCCGGAAGAAUCAACGGCGUCACUGUCGACUGUAACGACGAAGGAGCUGUCUUUGUCGAUGCUCGUGUCGAUAACUGUCCUCUCACUGAUUUCCUCACAUCCCCAGAUUUAAAUGCCCUCCAACAGUUACUUCCUCUAGACUCCGUAGACAACCCUUACGUGGCUGCUGCUACAUGGCCUCUGCUGCUCGUGAAGGCGACUUAUUUCGAAUGCGGCGGCAUGGCCAUCGGAGUCUGCAUCACCCACAAAAUCGCCGACGCAGCCUCCAUCUCGACUUUCAUUCGGACUUGGUCUGCUAUGACUCGAGGAGAGACCGGGGAAGCGGUGGUCGGUCCCGAGUUUGCUGCAGCUAACUUCUACCCACCAGCAAAUGAGGCCUUUAAGCUUCCCGUGGACGACAAAGCCGGCAAGAGAAGCAGCGUCACGAAGAGAUUCGUUUUCGAAGCGUCUAAGGUUGAAGAGCUCAGGACCAAAGCAAAAGCAAAAGCCGUUGACCGACCUACACGGGUGGAGAGCGUCACUGCUCUUCUCUGGAAGUGCUUCGUCUCUACAAAGUCGACAACGACUUGUGAUCACAAAGUUCUGAUCCAGCUCGCUAACUUGCGCUCCAAGAUACCUUCUCUUCUGCCAGAAAGCAUGAUCGGAAACAUCAUGUUCUCUUCUGCGGUCUUGAGUAUUGGUGGAGGAGAGGAAGUGGGAAUCGAAGAGGCCGUUAAAGAGUUACGGAAAAAGGCGGAGGACUUACGAGGCUUGAUCGAAGACGAAGAGACUUCGUUGAUCGGCUCUAAACUAGCAAAUCUGAUGCUCACUAAUUAUUCAAGGAUGAGCUUUGAGACUCACGAGCCCUACACCGUGAGUAGCUGGUGCAAGCUACCACUUUACGAGGCCAGUUUUGGAUGGGGAUCUCCGGUUUGGGUUGUCGGUAACGUGGCUCCAGCGUUUGACAAUCUAGCGAUACUGAUGGAUUCCAAGGACGGACAGGGAGUUGAAGCGUUUGUCACACUGCCUGAAGAGAACAUGUCGUCCUUCGAGCAGAACCCGGAACUCCUUGGCUUUGCUUCCCUGAAUCCUAGUGUCUUGGUCUAA